AAAAGGAUUGGGACCAAUCACAGCCAUCCUUUCUUUCAGUACUGGCAGUUUGAAACUGUCAGGCUUCUUUGGCUGGGGAAGCGAGCAGCGGAGAUUGCUGAGGAGUACCUUAAUGCAGGAUGUCAUCAUCUGAAGAGAAAAGCACAAGUCCAAUUUUGCCAAAAGACUCUGAUCGAGGGAGUUCUGUCUCUUCAGAUCUUCAGGAUGAAUAUGAAGAGCUGCUUCGUUACGCUGUAGUUACCCCAAAGUUUGAACCUAGUGUAUUGCGGCAGUCGGAUCACAUAGAGGUUCGUGAGAAGUCUGCAGGAAGAAUUCCAGUAAUGGAUGAACGCAGACAUGAAACUUCAGCAAUGAGUCAAAGGAGACAUGGAAGAACUUCUGAUUUUGCAACAUCUACUCGGACAACAAGGAUAGAAGUUUCAACAUCAGUAAAGGAGCCAGCUCAUACAAACAUGGAGGGACUUUGCCCAGUCCAUUCAGAAGAAAGUUCUUCACAAGGGUCCUCAUCUAGUCAAAGAGAUCUUCAGGAGUCAAAUGUGACUGAUUUAAGUAUUUCAGACGAAAGAGUGACCCAGAUAGAGAGCAUACUUGAUCUCUGGAGUGGAAGUCUUAAGACCAAUGUUCUGACUGAACUGAGGAAAUGGAAACUUCAUUUCAUUGAACAUCACACACUGGAAAUGAGACAAGAAAGAGAAAAACAUGCAGCUCAUGUGAGACAGUUGACCAAUCAGAUGGAGAAUCUGAAGGAGCUGCUGCAUACAUACGAGAUUUCAAUAGGGAGAAAAGACGAGGUAAUUGCCAAUUUGACACAUGCGAUUGAGAAACAAAAGGAUAGGAUAGAACUAAUGAAGAAAUUCACAAAGUGGCGCCUUCAGCAUUUCACAGGCAAACAAGAAGCCAGACAGGAGAUAUACACGCACAGGCUGGCUGAUCGGUUAUAUGAAAUGGGUUUAUUAAAGAAAGCAUGGGGAACUUGGCGCUCUCGCAUCCAUAUAAAAUGGAAAGAGACUAUGGAAAGGGCCUGUCAAUCAAGUGCUGAAUCUGUACGUGUUUCACUAUCCAAUACCUACCAAACUCAAAUUCAAGAGUUAAAUACUGCACUGGAGGAGGCAAGAGCGGAGAUCUUAGAAAUGCAGAACAAGAGACACGAUUAUGAGGAUGCCAUGAAGAAGGCCUUCAUGCGUGGAGUCUGUGCGUUGAAUCUGGAAGCAAUGACCAUAUUUCAGGGCAAAGAGUUUAAAUUUGACCAUGUGAUUGAUCUCUCAGAUAAGAGAACAGAACCUGGUGCUGGCAUUGGUGGUUCUGGUGGUCCUACAGCAAAACUUCCUCCAUCUCAAUUCGAUCGGCCUUUACCCCCACCCUCCUCCUCGUCGCAGCCGCCUCCUCCUCCUCCUCCACAUCAUCCAACCACGGCUCCAGGUUCUCUUCCUGUAGAGGAUUUGUUUUCUUCUCAUCACAGCCAUGCAGUCACCUCUCAGACCAGAUUAGACUCAGCUGCUACUUUAAUAGCCUCCGGUGCUGCUACAGGAUCAGGCGUUGUAUUCAUUCCCAAACUGUCGUCGGGUAGGGUUGUAACUUCAGCACAGCAGAAGGCUGGAAGAACGAUCACUGCUCGAAUCACUGGCCGAUCUGAUUUUGCCCCAAAGAAUCGGAUUUGCAGUAACCUAGAUGUGUUAGGCGUUUCUCCUCCUAUGAAUUCUGUUGUUGUGGAAAAACAUCACCCUGUCACUCAAAUAAAUCUGUUGUAUUCUCCCAUGAUUUGCUGAGACAUCUGUCAAUAUGCCUGUUAAAUGCCUCUAAAGUGCUAUCUUGAUGCUCUUCAAAGCAAACAGGACAAAUGAAGAUCUGAUGGUCAUCACUAUCCUCUAUUUGUUCAACUGAUGUCACUGAUGAUUUCAUAUCUUGCAGAUUCUGCUUGUUUGAAGACUUAUUUAAAGAAGUUCCUUGAUUAGUUUGCUCUCUUGUAGCUCUCUUUUUACUGAAAAAACUCACACUCUCAGAAGCAUUUGGAACAUGUUCCUCAACCAAUUUCCUAGAAAAAAGCCUAGUAACACUGACUGGUUUUCCAGGCUCUAGGAAAUUAACAAUGCUUUUUUGUUGGUAUUUCUUUUCUUCUUCAUUUAGAAAACUUGAUACUCGUAUACCUGAAUAUGACAAACAAGCAACAUAAAGCUGAAUGGCAACAGAGUUUAAAAGUCUAAUGAAAAUCAAUAAAACAUAGGCACAUGCAAUUUGAUGCAGAAUUGCAGCAAUAAUUCCCUACAAAUUGAGACAAACUUCUGCAAAUAGAUAAUUUGAAUAAACCUCACUAUGAAGGCCUUAAGAUCUGCAUGCUAUUCCUAACCAUGAAUGUCAGAGCUUCUAAAACAUUGCUGCAACAGAAUGAAGUAGAAAAAGAGGAAGGCCAAAGAAGAGAUGGAUUGAUUCCAUAAAGGAAGCCACAGACCUGAACUUACAAGAUCUGAACAGGGUGGUUCAUGACAGAUGUUCUUGGAGGUCACUGAUUCAUAGGGUCGCCAUAAGUCGUAAUUGACUUGAAGGCACGUAACAACAACAAAAUGUUGUACUUCAACAUAUGUUAAGCCACACAUUUCAUUAAGGAAAAGGAAUAUUAUAAAAUAAGGGAGUAAGUGUUAAAACAAUAUUUAUAGAAGAAAGUUUAGAACUCAAAAUAAAGUGUCCUUCCUGGUGUCAAGAAUUAGCUAAGUCUUAAGAAGCAAAGAUUAAGAGAGUUUGCUAUGGUAGUGUGCUUUAUGGUAAAUCUAAUAUUUAUAUUUUUGUGUUACUGGGAAUUUUUGGUAAGGAAGGGCUGAGUAUCAGAACAAAAAUUAAAUGGGUAAAGAAACAGAAAAGUAUUAUGACAAAAGCCAUGAACAAUAGGCUUGAAUUCAUACAAUAUAUUCUUAUUUUGAAUCCUGGAGCUUUCUGCUGACCCAACCUUAAAAGGUUUUCAGUUCAGUCUCCAAAAACAUGAUGAUCUGCUUUCUUUUCUUUUAAGUGGAAACUGAGAUUCUAUGAAAUCAAAUUUUGCAUGGAAUUCCCUUGCAUACAAUGGUGGAAGCAAUUCAUACACAAUGUAGCACCAAACCUUUCCUCUUUAGAAAACCAAGUAAUUGCAAAUCAGUUGCGAAUGUUAUUUGAAAGGAAGGAUCCUUAUACAGAACAUUUUAACAAUUCAUUUUACAACAAUGGUGAUUCUUGGAGUUUGCCAAGAACAAAAAUAUUUAAGAAUGGAAAUGUAACACACAAUGACAGUCUUUUCUUCUAAACAUCCAGCACUACUAUAUUGCACACAGGAUUCUAACAGUCAGUACAACUGUUGAAAUGAUACUUACCCAUCAGUCUUAGGCGCAAAGGUUGUGGGGCCACAGCCUCCAUUUCUAACCUUAACAAGUCUUUAGCAACAGCAAAUAUUUCUUCUUGAGUAGAAACAGCAGACAGUACUGUAGAAGCUCUUGUCUUUACUUCGAAGUUUACAUUCUUCAACUUUAAAGUAACAGUUCUAGCCUAUAAAAACCAACAGAAUUUUAGGACUUUUAAUAAAAUAUUCAUAUUCUGAGAUUAUAGAUUUAGCAAUAAGGCAAUCAAAGCCCUUGUAGUGAAUUUUUCAAAGGUAACUGUACUCACUGAUAUUUCCAUUAUGCUUUUUUAUAUUUAGAGCUCUCAAGCAACUGAUCAUUCAACUGUCUUAAUUUUGUUCAGUCACAUAAAAAGAAUUAUCUGCAUUCCUCUGCCAUAUUUUAAUAUGAUCAAGAAAUAAAAGCCAGGGUAGGUCUACACAAACAAAAACAGGUUCAAUUCUUAGUGGGCUCUAGUAAAGUUUUAUGAGUCAAAAUAAAUAUGAUGCAAAUCAACAAGUCAAAGUCUUAAGGGAGGGACAAAGUCUAUUUUUCUGAAGAAACAAUGCAGGGGACUGGAUGCCAUUUACUGUUAUGUGGGUAAAGUAAAGUAUAGCCCUUGUGGGCAUAACUGUACUGGAAGGACAACCUUGCCAUGGCCCUGGUAGACCCAGCUUUCACCGAGAGGGAUCCCUGGGAGUGAACACAAUGUAUUUCUCCAAGAAGAACCCGCAGAAGUGUAUUGCAAUGUGUCUUCCUGGGCUUUCUCCAGUGUAAAAUCCUCUCUCCAUUCUUUCUGCUCAUAAUAAUAAUAGGCAUUUUGCUACUGGAUUGAAAUAAAAUACCUGCAUAGUUGUGAAUUUGAGGAAAAUAAACAUGAAGAGCACUG